CCAGAGCGCACUUUACAAUCUCCUCUUGUUUCCAAGCUCGCACAGGCAGAGCGCUUCACUUCCCCAAACUCUCACAGGAGCCAGACGCACCAGAGGAGCGCGACGGGGCUGCAGCCAGAGGACACUGCCUGUGGACUUUACCCAAAACCAGAAACUCAACACGAUUAACGCGCGUCGACCAGCACAGCUCCGCGUCCCCCCCUCCCCCCCCCCACCACCCCUACAUUUGUUUCUUGUUGUUACUCUUUCAUUUCUUCAUGCAGUGAGCGCCGAGCCGCCGUGUCUGAGCCGCAUUCGUUUUAUUGCUGCAGGAAAAAAAAAGAGAAAAACAUGAGGGCUGCUUCUGAGUCCUUCUGGAGGAUGAUCCGGCUGGCGGUGACCGUGGCGCUCAUGUCAGCGUGCCGAGCGUCAGAGUACGAGUACCUCAGCUGGAAGGCGGACGCGUACAACGGCGGGCGCAGCUACGGCAAGCCUCCCCAGUGCGUGGCCAUCCCGGACGACCUGCGGCUCUGUCACAACGUGGGCUACAACGAGAUGCUGCUGCCCAACCUGCUGGAACACGAGACCAUGGCCGAGGUGAAGCAGCAGGCCAGCAGCUGGGUGCCCCUGGUGCACAAGAACUGCCACCCGGGCACGCAGGUCUUCCUCUGCUCGCUCUUUGCGCCCGUGUGCCUGGACCGGCCCAUCUACCCGUGCCGCUGGCUGUGCGAGGCCGUGCGGAACGGCUGCACCCCCAUCAUGGAGGCGUUCGGCUUCCCCUGGCCGGAGAUGCUCACCUGUGACAAGUUUCCCCAAGACGACGUGUGCAUCGCCAUGACGCAGCCCAACACCACCGAGCCCACCGAUACCACAGGUUACUCUCCCAUCUGCCCUCCAUGUGACAACGAAAUGAAAACAGACGCCAUGCUAGAGCACAUGUGUGCCAGCGAGUUCGCUUUCAAGACCAAGAUCAAGGAGGUGAGGCGAGAGAACAUGGACCGCAAGGUGAUCCUGCAGAAGAGGAAGAAGAUGUUGAAACCAGGGAACUUGAAGAAGAAGGACAUGAAGACGCUGGUGUUGUACUUGAAGAACGGCGCGGACUGCCCCUGCCAGCAGCUGGACAACCUGGGAAACCAGUACCUAAUCAUGGGCCGCAAGGUGGAUAAGCAGUACCUCCUCACGGGCAUCCACAAGUGGGACAAGUCCAGCAAAGAGUUCAAAAAGGCCAUCAAGAAACUCAAGACCUACAAAUGCCCCGCCUUCGAAAACGUCUUCAAAUAAUACGACCCCCACCCCACCUCCCUUGGUCGCAUCUCAUCCUACAUAUGAACUUGCAAAAGCAUUCAAUUCCCAAACUUUGCUUUCUGUUGUCCUGUUUAUAUAUCUAUAUAUCUUUGUAUAUUUACAGAUAUACUUUGAAAUGUCCAUUGUUAAGUUUUUAGGUGAAUGUGGUGAGUGAUGACGCCACAGAAAAGGGUUGGGUUUCCUUUUUUUCUGCUUAAGAAAAGGACAUUGUAGUAAGAGCCCUUUCUCACUGAAAUCAUUUCCACUAUAUGUAUGUAGAUACUUUGUUACACUCUUACAUUCAACAGGUCAGUGGAUUUUUCUUUAGGGAGGAGUUGGACAUGUUGGGAAAUAAACCUUUGCUUCAUUACCGAGAGUAAGAUGAGAAGACUGAUACCACUCUCAUGUCUGUCCAGCAGAUGGUUAGCUUAGCCUAGCAUGAAGACCAGACGCAGGGGGAAACCGCUAGCCUGGCACCGUCCGAAUGUAAAAACCCACACGUUCCGUUCAGUUUUUUGUACAGAUUAGACAAAAUGAAUUCCGUGUUAAUUUGUGAGCUUUAGAGCAGCUGGUAGGUAGAUUCUUUUGGACGGAGCCAGGCUAGUUGUUUCUUCCUGCUUCAUGCUAACAACCUGCUAGCUCUAGCUUCAUAUUUAGCGUACAACCAUGAGAUUGGUGUUCUCGUCUCUCCCUCUCCACAAGAAAAAUGUUCAACUGUUCUUUUGAAUCUCUCUCAUUCUGAUCAUAUAAUAGUAAAUCAUGUAAUCAAUGAUUAGACUACAGAAUUGGCAGUUGCAGGUAGUUGGAGCUUUAAAGGCCACACUGUACAGAGCAGCUCCACGCAGGGCUCCUGUUGAGUAGACUGACGUAUGAGAGAGUGUACUGUCACACUAAAGACUGCACUACCAGCUGAUUCGUUUUCUUUAUUUCUUUUCUUUUUGUUACUUGAAAAAUCUAAAGAGAAUCAUAACCACCAAUCUGGAUCAUGAGCUAACACGUAGGCCUGUGUGGCAGAUUUCCUGAUUUCUUGUUGUGCGUUGUCGCCUGACAUUUGGCUGAAUAUUUUGUACCACUUUCUCUCUACAUCCAGUCUAACUGCAGUAAUCAGUAUUCAUCGGUAAUGGAAAAAGCCCUGUAGUCAUACAUGUUUAUCAAAGUGCAAAUAUUGCCAACUCUGUGUUCUAGUUUGUUUGCUCAAGUGUCGCUGGUCCGUUUUAGCACUAUUUUGUUUCAGAUUUGAAUGUCAGCGGUGCAUUGCUGCCUAUUACAUGUACAUACAAAUUUUACAUAAAUAUGGAAAACUGAA